UCCUCGAACAUCUUCACCGACACCGUAGGUUCCUAAUAAUUCAACUUUUUCAAUUCCUCCUCAUCGCACGGUGAGAUCGAAAACCGACUCCACCCAUUCCUCUGAUCACCGGCGGUCAUCGCCGUGACACAGAUGAUAGCUUGACGACCUCUUCUCGCCGCGAUCUUUGCCUCUUCCUGUAAUCGCCGUCUUCUACUUAAUAAACGAGAUCUUUUUUUUUUCCACGACUGAAGGAGGAUGUCGACUCCAGCAAGGAAGAGGUUGAUGAGGGAUUUCAAGAGGUUGCAGCAAGACCCACCUGCGGGUAUAAGUGGUGCUCCUCAGGACAACAAUAUCAUGAUCUGGAAUGCUGUCAUAUUCGGGCCUGAUGACACCCCAUGGGAUGGUGGUACUUUCAAACUCUCACUGCAAUUCUCUGAGGAUUAUCCAAAUAAACCGCCAACAGUUCGCUUCGUGUCACGGAUGUUCCAUCCAAAUAUUUAUGCAGAUGGGAGUAUUUGCUUGGACAUUCUACAAAACCAGUGGAGUCCAAUAUAUGAUGUUGCUGCUAUACUUACCUCCAUCCAGUCAUUGCUCUGUGACCCUAAUCCGAAUUCUCCUGCAAAUUCGGAAGCUGCUCGGAUGUACAGCGAAAACAAGCGUGAGUACAACAGAAGAGUGCGCGAUGUUGUGGAGCAAAGCUGGACUGCUGACUAGUAGUAGUUAGUUGUAAGCUGUGUAACUCUCUCUCCUAUUCUCAAUGUCAUCACCAUUAAGCAACAGCUUUUCUUUAUCUUUUCAUUCAUGUCUUUUGUGUGUGUUUCAAAACUCUACUGAUUAGAUGCUUUAGCAUCCUUAUAAAAACUUUGUACCAAACCUUGCUAGGUAUCAGAAACAACUCUGUACCAAAAUUGUAAAAAAAUGUUUAUGAUAUGAAAUAUUAAAGGGUGUGUGGCCGUUUCCCUCUAUCACCCAUCUAUGUAUCACCAACCCCAAGGUUCCCACUGCUUGUCCAUCCUUGCUGCACCUGAAUUGUGUACUGCAGAUUCCACACAACAUCCUCUAUUGAUGGACGCUUUUGCUGAUCUUCACAAAGACAGUUAAUAGCAAACUCCACUGUGGUCCUUAGUGACUCAUACGCAUAUGUUCCUCUCACACUCGGAUCUGCUAAGCUACGUAACACCGAUGGUUC